AUGGUAUUCGUUGAUGAAGUAUUUCCUGCCGAUAAUUCAUCCCUUUGUUUUGAGCCCGAUGGAGAUAAGCUUCCAGAUCAUGUAGCUGAAUGUAAAUCAUGGAAACGUCCUAGUCAGUGGUGCAAGAACUGUUCAUUAUUCGUAGACUCAGUAAAUCCUAGCGAUAUUGAACAAGGUCAACUCGGAGAUUGUUGGCUGUUGAGCGCAAUGGCUGUUGUUGCACAAUAUCCAGAGGUACUUCAAAAAUUGUUUGUUGAGACCAACGAAACUGAGGGAAAAUAUGUUGUCAGAUUAUACUAUGAGAGUCAGUGGCAAAACGUCACAAUUGAUGACAGAAUCCCUUGUGGCAGAGAUGGACUUCCCUGCUAUGGACACAGUACCUCUAAGAACGAAUUCUGGAUCAGUAUUUUAGAAAAAGCGUGUGCCAAGCUCCUUGGGUCCUAUGAAGCCCUUGAUGGUGGUUAUCUUGAGGAAGGAGUCGUGUUGCUUACCGGUGGAAGACCUGAAAGACUUUACAUUAAUAAUUGGUCUCAAAACCCAGGUAAACAACCAUGGAGAAAGGAUAGACUAUGGGAAAAGCUAGUACUUUAUAAAUCAGAAAACGUAAUGAUGGGUACCAGCAUUAGUAGCAACAGAGGUGAACAAGCGAAUGAGGCCAAGGGUCUUGUUGCCGGUCAUGCCUACUCUAUUCUUGACGUUAGAGAAACAAGUGACAAGAAAUACAAGCUCGUUAAGCUCAAGAAUCCUUGGGCCAACGAUUUCGGAGCUUGGAGCGACACAAGUCGUAACUGGACCUUCCAAUACAAGAAAGAAAUGGGAGAGGAGGUUAGAGCAGACGGCAUCUUUUGGAUGGAAUUCAAAGACUUUUGCACCCAUUUUGACAAGAUUACCUGUUGCAGAUUGUUCAACGACUCAAUUUUGAGCAUGUCAAGCGAUCCGAAAUACAAAAUUCCCAAUAACAAGCUUUCGUUCCCAAGUGCCUCAUGGAACAGAAAGAAGCUUAAAGGUCAAUGGGAUAAUGACACUGCAGGUGGAAUGACCAACAAUAUGGCCUUUGCCAAGAAUCCUCAUUUCCGUUUGACAGCUCAAAAGAGUGGAAGGUAUUUCCUCAUUAUUUACAGAGCUUACCUUUCACUUGAUGCCGAUGCACAAUAUUACAGAAGUGGAAUUGGUUUUGCCGUUUACAAGGGCACAGACAACAAUUAUAAAGUCUUGCCUACCGAUAACUCUCCCAAUGCGCUCAUGCAAUUCCCAGUGUAUGGAAGAUAUAAUGCCAUUGAGCUUGAUUUGGAUCAAGGUGAUUAUGUAAUUACUCCAUGCACAUUGUACAGCAACAGAAAGGGAGAAUUUAUUUUCGAAGUGUAUAGCGCUUGUGACUUUGACAUUCAACCAAUGGAAGAAAAUUUAAGGGUUGUUCCACCAUCGGCAAGAGGAAAGGCAACUCAAGACUUUGGUGCUUCCAGACAACAACCCUCACAAAGUAACUUUGAUACCAUCAAGAUUGGUAACAACAGUGUUAAGGAAGCUAAAGCAAUGCCAACAAAAGCAUCCAAUAUGAUGACUACCUAUCAAUUUGAAUUUGCCAAACGCAAGCUUUAG